AUGGCCGCGUGGGGCUCCCGGGAGCUGCUCCUGGUGUGGCUCCUGGUGCUGGCCGCGGGUGGCACGGACCACGUCUACCGCCCCGGCCGAAGAGUGUGCGCAGUCGGGGCUCCCAGGGGUGCGGUUUCUGAGUCCUUUGUGCAGCGGGUGUACCAGCCCUUCCUCACCACCUGCGACGGGCACCGGGCCUGCAGCACCUACCGGAUCAUCUACAGGACUGCCUACCGCCGCAGUCCUGGGCCAGCCCCAGCCAGACUGCGCUAUGCCUGCUGUCCCGGCUGGAAAAGGACCAGUGGGCUCCCCGGGGCCUGUGGAGCAGCAAUAUGCCAGCCACCAUGCCAGAAUGGAGGGAGCUGUGUCCAGCCAGGCCGAUGUCACUGCCCUGCCGGGUGGCAGGGGCAUACCUGCCAGACAGAUGUGGAUGAGUGUCGCUGGGGACGAGGCGGCUGUCACCAGCACUGUGUCAACACUGCAGGCAGCUACUGGUGCCAAUGCCGGGCGGGGCACCGCCUGUCCGCAGACGGGACGCUCUGCCUGCCCAUGACAGGGCCCCCCACGGUGGUCCCCAGCCCCACACCAGGCGUGGACCGUGAGGUGGAGCAGGAAGUGCAAAGCUUACGGUCCAGGGUGGCCGUGCUGGAGCAGAAGCUACAGCUGAUGCUGGCCCCCCUGCACAGCCUGGCCUCGCGGGCCCUAGAGCUUGGGCUCCCGGACCCCGGCAGCCUCCUGGCCCACUCAUUCCGGCAGCUGGAGCGCAUCGACUCCCUGAGCGAGCAAAUCUCCUUCCUGGAGGAGCAGCUGGGGGCCUGCUCCUGUAAAAAGGACCUGUGACCGGCCAGGCCCCCUGAGAAUCAGCCCCAUCUCUGGCUACGAAGAAAACACGUGGGACUGUGUCUCCUCGCCCC